AUGUGGAGGGGCAUCGCCGCAUUCCGAGGCCUGACCUUUGAACUCCUACUGGACCUCGUGCCCCCAAUAGCCGAUGAGGCCGAAGAGGGAGCAGAGGGAGCAGAGGAGGAGCGCGUCCGGACCCAUGAUGCAGGCGCGCAGCCUCACUGCACCUGCUCUGACCUGCUCCGUCUGGCCUCUCCGGAGCUGCUGUUGGAGAUUCGACCUGCUGUGUUUUGCUCUAAUCUGACCGACCACCUCCAGAGUUGUGGGACAGAGAUGCCACGGGACAGGAGGAGCCGGGGCAGUAAAGGUGUCAGGUCGGAGGAGGACCGGCCCCUGUACCUGCAGCAGAGGGCCAUGGCCGAGGCCGAGCUGAACCGCAAGAAACAAGAGAUCCUCACACACUUCCUCAGGGACAAGCUCCAGGACGAUGAGAAAAACAGUGCGUUCAACUCUCUGAAGGUGCAGGACGGCUGGAGAUCCAACCUCCGGCAGAGUAAAAACACCAGGAUGAAGAACCAUCUGGACUCGCUGGAGCAGACCUUUGAGAGACGAGUGGACGCACUGGACAGCCGCAUCUUAAAGACUCUGCCGCUGACUGUGGAGGAUGUGGAGAGCCAGUUGCAGCAGUUGCACAGUUCUCACCUGCAGCACAUCCAGACGCUGCUGCAGCUGCAGAGGAAGCGUAUGGACUUCCUGGAGCACGAGUGGGAGAGCACCAUGGAAACCAUCGGGGAGAAGUACGCCGCCCAGAAGGAACAGGCGGCAGCAGAAGUGCAGAGGCGAUACCAGGACAUCGAGGACAACUCUUUACAGAUUCAACACAACUACGAGGAGCUGAUGAAGGAGGUCACUGCAGAGUACAGGCAGAUCAUGGACUUCUACGAAAACCUCUACUUGGACAAGAUCAGCAAACUGGAGAAGAUCCCAGAGGAGAGACGCAGAGAGCACCAGCAGCUGAAGGAGCAACAUGACAUCAAGAAACAGGAGCUGGACUCUCUCCUGACGGAAAACCAGACGCUGCUGGAGACCAAAGAGAGAAGUGAGGCAGAUCUGCAGAGCCUGGAGAGGAAGCUGCUGGAUCUGCACACAGGGGGCAGUUCGGACGAGAGGGGUCUGUCCGCAGUGGAGCAGCAGCUGGAGGCGAUCGCUGCCGGGAUCAGCAGAGUCCGGACCCAGACCGAGCUCAGCCACAGGACCAGCAGGGGGCGCCUCUGUGUUCUCUCCCAGGACAGCGACCGGGCGGCAAAGAACCUCCUGCACGCCGUCAACGCUGGAGAGAGGAUUUUAUGUCUGGAUAAACUCUGUAAGAAGCUGGAAGAAAAACAUCUGAUCACACAGGAGCUGGACCCUGGAGAUGAGGAAACUGAGGAGAAGGAAGAACCAGAGGAGGAGGUCUCUCUCACAGACGUGUCGUUGGUGGAGGAGGUCUCUCUCACAGACGUGUCGUUGGUGGAGGAGGUCUCUCUCACAGACGUGUCGUUGGUGGAGGAGGUCUCUCUCACAGACGUGUCGUUGGUGGAGGUCUCUCUCACAGACGUGUCGUUGGUGGAGGAGGUCUCUCUCACAGACGUGUCGUUGUUGGAGGAGGUCUCUCUCACAGACGUGUCGUUGGUGGAGGUCUCUCUCACAGACGUGUUGUUGGUGGAGGAGGUCUCUCUCACAGACGUGUCGUUGGUGGAGGAGGUCUCUCUCACAGACGUGUCGUUGGUGGAGGAGGUCUCUCUCACAGACGUGUCGUUGGUGGAGGAGGUCUCUCUCACAGACGUGUCGUUGGUGGAGGAGGUCUCUCUCACAGACGUGUCGUUGGUGGAGGAGGUCUCUCUCACAGACGUGUCGGUGGAGGAGGUCUCUCUCACAGACGUGUCGUUGGUGGAGGAGGUCUCUCUCACAGACGUGUCGUUGGUGGAGGAGGUCUCUCUCACAGACGUGUCGUUGGUGGAGGAGGUCUCUCUCACAGACGUGUCGUUGGUGGAGGAGGUCUCUCUCACAGACGUGUCGUUGGUGGAGGAGGUCUCUCUCACAGACGUGUUGUUGGUGGAGGAGGUCUCUCUCACAGACGUGUCGUUGGUGGAGGAGGUCUCUCUCACAGACGUGUCGUUGGUGGAGCAGGUCUCUCUCACAGACGUGUCGUUGGUGGAGCGGGGUCUCUCUCACAGACGUGUCGUUGGUGGAGGAGGUCUCUCUCACAGACGUGUCGUUGGUGGAGGGGGUCUCUCUCACAGACGUGUCGUUGGUGGAGGGGGGGUCUCUCUCACAGACGUGUCGUUGGUGGAGGAGGUCUCUCUCACAGACGUGUCGUUGGUGGAGGAGGUCUCUAUCACAGACGUGUCGUUGGGUGGAGGAGGUCUCUAUCACAGACGUGUCGUUGGUGGAGGAGGUCUCUCUCACAGACGUGUCGUUGGUGGAGGAGGUCUCUCUCACAGACGUGUCGUUGGUGGAGGAGGUCUCUCUCACAGACGUGUCGUUGGUGGAGGAGGUCUCUCUCACAGACGUGUCGUUGGUGGAGGAGGUCUCUCUCACAGACGGGUCGUGGUGGAGGAGGUCUCUCUCACAGACGUGUCGUUGGUGGAGGAGGUCUCUCUCACAGACGUGUCGUUGGUGGAGGAGGUCUCUCUCAGACGUGUCGUUGACGUGUCGUUGGUGGAGGAGGUCUCUCUCACAGACGUGUCGUUGGUGGAGGAGGUCUCUCUCACAGACGUGUCGUUGGUGGAGGAGGUCUCUCUCACAGACGUGUCGUUGGUGGAGCAGGUCUCUCUCACAGACGUGUCGUUGGUGGAGGAGGUCUCUCUCACAGACGUGUCGUUGGUGGAGGAGGUCUCUCUCACAGACGUGUCGUUGGUGGAGGAGGUCUCUCUCACAGACGGGUCGUGGGUGGAGGAGGUCUCUCUCACAGACGUGUCGUUGGUGGAGGAGGUCUCUCUCACAGACGUGUCGUUGGUGGAGGAGGUCUCUCUCACAGACGUGUCGUUGGUGGAGGAGGUCUCUCUCAGACGUGUCGUUGAUGUGUCGUUGGUGGAGGAGGUCUCUCUCACAGACGUGUCGUUGGUGGAGGUCUCUCUCACAGACGUGUCGUUGGUGGAGGCCUCUCUCACAGACGUGUCAUUGGUGGAGGAGGUCUCUCUCACAGACGUGUCGUUGGUGGAGGAGGUCUCUCUCACAGACGUGUCGUUGGUGGAGGCCUCUCUCACAGACGUGUCGUUGGUGGAGGAGGUCUCUCUCACAGACGUGUCGUUGGUGGAGGGGGUCUCUCUCACAGACGUGUCGUUGGUGGAGGAGGUCUCUCUCACAGACGUGUCGUUGGUGGAGGAGGUCUCUCUCACAGACGUGUCGUUGGUGGAGGGGGUCUCUCUCACAGACGUGUCGUUGGUGGAGGAGGUCUCUCUCACAGACGUGUCGUUGGUGGAGGAGGUCUCUCUCACAGACGUGUCGUUGGUGGAGGAGGUCUCUCUCACAGACGUGUCGUUGGUGGAGGAGGUCUCUCUCACAGAUGUGUCGUGUGUUUCAGUCGUGGGAGAAUCCAGAGCUCCGGUUCUUCCACCGCCGUCAGAACGCCGCUCUCCUGCAGCAGGAGGCGCUGAGGAGGCGCAGAGACGCUCUGAGCCGAGAGAACGAGCGACUCCACAGCAGAGUCCAGCAGCUGCAGCGGCACCAGGAGAGUCUGGCAGUGGGUGGACACAGACUGACACCAGGAGACACCAGCAGGACCAGGACCAUGGACACUAUCCAGACCACACAGAGCCAGUCUCUCGCUGCAACAACCAACUCCAAAGUUGUAAUUAG